GCCCUGCAGCUCGGCUCCAGCUCCGUCAGUUUCCUCGGCAGCAGCGGGAGAGAGCACCCGGAGCAGCGCGAUCGCAGGGCCCACCGGCGACGGCGACGGCGGCGGCGGCAGCGGCACCGGCAAAGCAAGGGCGCGGCGGCUCGCACUCGCACAGCAGCGCACUCGGUGCCCAGCGCAGAGUCGCGAUGCUGCCUGGUCUGGCACUGGUCCUACUGGCCGCCUGGACGGCUCGGGCGCUGGAGGUGCCCACGGAUGGCAAUGCCGGCCUGCUUGCAGAACCCCAGGUCGCCAUGUUUUGCGGCAAACUGAACAUGCACAUGAAUGUGCAGAAUGGGAAGUGGGAGUCAGAUCCCUCGGGGACCAAGACCUGCAUCGGCACCAAGGAGGGCAUCCUGCAGUACUGCCAGGAGGUCUACCCUGAACUGCAGAUCACCAAUGUGGUGGAAGCCAACCAGCCAGUGACCAUCCAGAACUGGUGCAAGAGGGGCCGCAAGCAGUGCAAGACCCACGGCCACAUGGUGAUUCCCUACCGCUGCUUAGUUGGCGAGUUUGUAAGUGAUGCCCUCCUUGUCCCCGACAAGUGCAAAUUCUUACACCAGGAGAGGAUGGAUGUCUGCGAGACCCACCUUCACUGGCACACCGUCGCCAAAGAGACCUGCAGUGAGAAGAGCACCAACCUGCACGACUAUGGCAUGCUGCUGCCCUGCGGGAUUGACAAGUUCCGAGGGGUGGAGUUUGUCUGUUGCCCGCUGGCUGAGGAAAGUGACAAUGUCGAUUCAGCUGAUGCCGAGGAGGAUGACUCUGAUGUCUGGUGGGGUGGAGCAGAUGCAGACUACGCAGAUGGGAGUGAAGACAAAAUCGUGGAAGUCACAGAGGAGGAGGAAGUGGCUGAUGUUGAGGAAGAAGAAGCUGAGGACGAUGAAGACGAUGAGGAUGGUGAGGAGGUAGAGGAAGAUACUGAAGAACCCUAUGAAGAGGCCACGGAGAGAACCACCAGCAUCGCCACCACCACCACCACGACCACAGAGUCUGUGGAAGAGGUGGUCCGAGAGGUGUGCUCUGAACAAGCCGAGACGGGGCCAUGCCGAGCAAUGAUCUCCCGCUGGUACUUUGAUGUGACCGAGGGGAAGUGCGCCCCAUUCUUUUACGGCGGCUGUGGCGGCAACCGAAACAACUUUGACACAGAGGAGUACUGCAUGGCCGUGUGUGGCAGCGUCAUGUCCCAAAGUUUACUCAAGACUACCCAGGAGCCUCUUCCCCGAGAUCCUGUUAAACUUCCUACAACCGCAGCCAGCACCCCUGACGCCGUUGACAAGUAUCUGGAGACACCUGGAGAUGAGAAUGAACACGCCCAUUUCCAGAAAGCCAAAGAGAGGCUGGAGGCCAAGCACCGAGAGAGGAUGUCCCAGGUCAUGAGAGAAUGGGAGGAGGCAGAACAUCAAGCAAAGAACUUGCCUAAAGCUGAUAAGAAAGCAGUGAUCCAGCAUUUCCAGGAGAAAGUGGAGUCGCUGGAGCAGGAGGCCGCCAACGAGAGGCAGCAGUUGGUGGAGACGCACAUGGCCAGGGUGGAAGCCAUGCUGAACGACCGCCGCCGCCUGGCCCUGGAGAACUACAUCACCGCGCUGCAGGCCGUGCCCCCUCGGCCUCGUCAUGUGUUCAACAUGCUAAAGAAGUAUGUCCGUGCUGAACAGAAAGACAGGCAGCACACCCUGAAGCAUUUUGAGCACGUACGCAUGGUGGAUCCGAAGAAAGCUGCCCAGAUCCGGUCCCAGGUGAUGACACACCUCCGUGUGAUUUACGAGCGCAUGAACCAGUCUCUCUCCCUCCUCUACAAUGUCCCUGCUGUGGCCGAGGAGAUCCAGGAUGAAGUUGAUGAGCUGCUGCAGAAAGAGCAGAACUACUCGGACGAUGUCUUGGCCAACAUGAUCAGUGAACCGAGAAUCAGUUAUGGGAAUGAUGCGCUCAUGCCGUCUUUGACCGAAACCAAAACCACCGUGGAGCUUCUGCCCGUGAAUGGAGAUUUCAGCCUGGACGAGCUCCAGCCCUGGCAUCCUUUUGGGGUUGACUCUGUGCCAGCCAAUACAGAAAACGAAGUCGAGCCUGUUGACGCCCGCCCUGCUGCCGACCGAGGACUGACCACUCGACCAGGUUCGGGGCUGACCAACAUCAAGACGGAGGAGAUCUCUGAGGUGAAGAUGGACGCGGAGUUCCGCCACGACUCGGGAUACGAAGUUCAUCAUCAAAAACUGGUGUUCUUUGCAGAAGAUGUGGGUUCCAACAAAGGAGCAAUCAUUGGACUCAUGGUGGGCGGUGUUGUCAUAGCAACAGUGAUUGUCAUCACCUUGGUGAUGCUGAAGAAGAAACAGUACACGUCCAUCCAUCAUGGUGUGGUGGAGGUUGACGCCGCCGUGACCCCCGAGGAGCGCCACCUCUCCAAGAUGCAGCAGAACGGCUACGAAAACCCGACGUACAAGUUCUUUGAGCAGAUGCAGAACUAGACCAGCCGCCGCAGCAGCCUCUGACGUGGGACAGCAAACACCAUUGCUUCACAACCCAUCGGUGUUCAUUUACAGACUCUUGUGGAAAGAAACACACCCUCCUGUUUCGUUUUUAUUCUUUACUCAUGACCACCUUUUUUGACAGCUGUGCUGUAACACAAGUAGAUGCCUGAACUUGAAUUAACCCACAGAUCAGUAAUGUCUUCUCUCUCUCUUCACAUUUUGGUCUCUCCACCACAUUCUUAAUGGGUUUUGUGUACUGUAAAGACUUUAGCGGUAUCAGACUAAUGCAUGAUUAGAUGCUCUCCUGAUUAUUUAUCACGUAGCCCCUUAGCCAGUUGUAUAUUAUUCUUGUGGUUUGUGACCCAAUUGAGUCCUACUUGAAAUACGCUUUAAGAAAUCGAUGAGGGAUGCUUCAUGUGGACGUGGGAGUGUAGCUGCUUCUCUUUGCCUAAGUAUUCUUUUCCUGAUCACUAUGCAUUUUGAAGUUACACGUUUUUAAGUAUUCCAGGUGAUUCUGAGACCUUUUUUUCCCCCCCAUGAUUGCAUUUUACUGUACAGAUUGCUGCUUCUGCUAUAUUUGUGAUAGAGGAAUUAUGAGGAUACCCGUCGAUUCCUUUGUGCCUGUUUUAUGUGCACACAUUAGGCAUUCAGAUUUGAAAAUUUCUUGGUCCAUGUAUCUUUGGAUCUUUGAUAAAGAAAAGAAUCCCUGUUCCUUGUAAGCACUUUUCGGGGCGGGCGGGAGGGGCGGGAGUGCUCUGCGGGUCUCACAUUACCAAGAAUUCUCCCCCAAAACAAUUUCUGCAGGAUGAUUGUACAGUCAUUGCUUAUGACCAUGAUAGCUUUCUACACUGUAUUCCAUAAAUAAAUUAAAUAAAAUAACCCUGGGCAAGAGUUUUCUUUGAAGAAUGACGAUGGGCAUUCAAUAUCGAGAGUUAUUUUAGGUGGUGGUGGGGGGGGGGAAGAGGCAGAUUUCGUUUCCUUUAACCAGUGUAGGACAUUCUCUCUGUGAUACCAAAAGAGGAAAGGGGAAGGGGCAAAAUCAGGGACUGGGGAACGGCAUGCCUGGACAACCCCUUCUUUAAGAUUUGUCUUCAAUUUGUACAAAACGGUGUUUUCAUGUAAAUAAAUACAUUCUUGGAGGAGC